AGCGGCAGCAGCAACAGAAGAGAAACCGCGCAGCAACAGCGAAGCCAGCAGAAGCUUGCACCACAGGAGGCUGCCACGCCCAUCAGACAAGGACGCUUCGCACACCACCCUAAAAAUGGGCAGCGGACACUUUUUCUGGGCGAUUUUCUACUUUGCCAGCCUGUGCAGUGCUUCACUAGCAAAUAAUGCCAAAAUAAAUUUCCGAGAAAAGGAGAAAAAAGUCUUAGAUCAAAUUUUAGGUGCAGGCAAAUAUGAUGCCCGAAUUCGACCAUCUGGAAUUAAUGGAACAGCUAAUUUGGCGACAAUUGUGAAAGUCAACAUGUACCUGCGCUCCAUUUCGAAAAUAGACGACUACAAAAUGGAGUACAGUGUGCAGCUAACCUUCCGUGAACAGUGGACGGAUGAGCGACUGAAAUUCGAUGAUAUACAAGGCCGCCUGAAAUACUUGACUUUAACGGAGGCGAACCGUGUGUGGAUGCCCGAUCUUUUCUUCUCGAACGAGAAGGAGGGACACUUUCACAACAUCAUCAUGCCCAAUGUUUAUAUACGCAUCUUUCCCAACGGCUCAGUGCUAUAUAGUAUACGAAUUUCACUGACAUUGGCCUGUCCAAUGAACUUGAAACUAUAUCCGUUGGAUAGACAGAUCUGUUCACUACGUAUGGCGAGUUACGGCUGGACCACCAACGACUUGGUCUUCCUGUGGAAGGAGGGCGAUCCUGUGCAGGUGGUUAAGAACUUACACCUACCUCGCUUCACUCUGGAGAAGUUUCUGACUGAUUACUGCAACAGUAAAACCAACACGGGUGAAUACAGUUGCCUCAAAGUCGAUCUACUAUUCAAGCGAGAAUUCUCAUAUUACUUAAUACAAAUUUAUAUACCAUGCUGUAUGUUGGUCAUUGUAUCAUGGGUAUCAUUCUGGCUGGAUCAAGGAGCAGUGCCAGCGCGAGUGUCGUUGGGUGUGACCACACUCCUGACCAUGGCCACGCAGACGUCGGGCAUUAAUGCCUCCUUGCCUCCCGUGUCGUACACGAAGGCCAUCGAUGUGUGGACAGGAGUGUGCCUGACCUUCGUGUUCGGGGCUCUGCUAGAGUUCGCCCUGGUGAACUAUGCCUCCCGUUCAGGUUUGAAUAAAGCUAAUCGGGCCGCAGACAUGCAUAAGGAGAAUAUGAAAAAGAAGCGCCGCGAUCUGGAGCAGGCCAGUUUAGAUGCCGCUUCAGAUCUGCUCGAUACAGAUAGCAAUGCAACGUUCGCAAUGGCGUCGCAAUAUACUCGCCAUGGCGGCCAACAGAAACCGUUAGUGCGUCAUCCUGGCGAUCCACUGGCCCUAGAGAAACGGCUCCAGUGCGAGGUGCACAUGCAGGCCCCGAAGCGCCCCAACUGCUGCAAGACCUGGCUCUCCAAAUUCCCAACAAGACAAUGUUCUAGAUCGAAGAGAAUCGAUGUUAUAUCGCGGAUCACGUUCCCGCUGGUCUUUGCCCUAUUCAACCUGGUCUACUGGAGCACAUAUCUCUUCAGAGAGGAGGAGGAUGAGACCUUCUAAGGCGCGUCUCUGACACCCAGUGGCUAUGUAGAAUCCAACCCGAAAUUAACUUAUUAUAAUGUUAAUGAGAUCGAAGUAAAGGGAUGCAUUACGAUAAAUCUAUAUGUAUGGUUAUGUCUCGGAACAGUGCAGAAUAGUUAAGUAAAAAAGUGAAUACUUAGUAACCAGGCGAGGCUUCAAGGCACUUCCUCUAAGCAAUUGGAAUGAUGAGCUGGAAACUGUAUUAGACGAUUGACACAAAACGAUAGUUAAUUAUAAGCUAAAUUGAUCAAGAGUGACUGCAUAGUAGUUAAUGUUAUAAAUAAUUAUAUAAUACACUCCCAUACUGACACUCACAUCCAUAAACUUGAUUUAUUUCUGAGGAUGCUCCAAAUUGUUACAAAUUGAUGAAUCAUUUUAGCUGGUGACCGAUUUUAAUCAAAUUUUGUUUCGGACCCCAGCCUAUUGUUAAAUCUAUAAAUUUGCAAUUGAUUUGUACUUAAAUGCGUUAAGUUAGUUAAGCCGCAAACAGAGAGAAAUGAGGUCGUAGACGAAUCGACGUUUGUAAAUAUCACAUACAAUAAGUUUUAAGCGAAACUAGUUUAAAUGAAUUCUAAUUGUAAAAAGCGUGUAGAUAAUUUAAGUUUAGUCGAUAAAAAAAACAACUAUUCGAGGCGAGAAACUCUAGGUAAAUUCAAUUAAAUUAUGUUCACCAUCGUAAUGAAUAAAAAUCAAAACGAAAAUAUCGAAAGAUCCUUGAAAGCACACAAAAACAAAAACAGAUUUUUAUUUUACAAUUUUUGCCCAAACCACUCGUAAAUGCUAACUUCAACUGAAACUGAAACUGGUGGGUAUUUGCAAGUUCUUCCUUGUUCUUCUUUUACUAUACAAAUUUAUAAUUAUUUAUAUAUAUUCGUUAGAACGGCUUGCCUUUGAUUUUAGAGUUACUUUUUCAAUCGUAGCUAAGUAGUUAUUAUAAUUACGGGGGAUGAAGCCCAAUAAUUCUGAUUCCUCUUUUAUUUAAAUUCUUAGAAAAAAAUUAAUAAUAAAUCAAUUAACCAUUAGUUACUUAUUUAUUGGACCGCAAUGGCCCUCUAUCAUAGUUAGUUAAUUUAAAUUAUUAGAUUUACUAAAAUAUAAAUAUGCGAGAUGCAAACCAUAAACCAAAUAACAGACAAUACAAUAUAUAUUUUAUCAUGUAGUGCAAGUCCCCAAGAUCUUUAAUCUACACAUAAAUUGAUAAAGUUCAAUAUGAUACUCCAUAAAUUAUAUCAAGAUUAAUAUAGUUUUUUUUUUUAUAUCCAUAACAGUUACUGAUUAUUUAAGUGCCUUUUGUAACCGAAGAAGAUUUUUCUUCUACUUUUCUUCCUGUUUUUAAUACU